AAUCAUUUAUUGGGAAGAGCUUAUUUCUGUUUACUGGAAGGCGAUAAAAUGGAACAAGCAGAUGCCCAAUUUAAUUUCGUUUUGAAUCAAUCCCCGAAUAAUAUUCCUUCGUUAUUAGGAAAAGCUUGUAUUGCAUAUAACAAAAAAGAUUUCCGCGGGGCUUUAGCUUUCUAUAAAAAAGCUUUAAGAACGAAUCCGAGUUGUCCCGCCGCUGUUCGAUUAGGAAUGGGACAUUGCUUCAUGAAAUUAAACAAUCAAGAUAAAGCUCGUUUAGCUUUCGAGCGAUCAUUAUCGCUUGAUCCGCAAUGCGUUGGAGCUUUAGUGGGAUUAGCGAUUUUAAAAUUGAACCAACAACAACCCGAAUCGAUAAGAAACGGGGUUCGAAUGCUUUCAAAAGCUUACACGAUCGAUUCUUCGAACCCGAUGGUUUUAAAUCAUUUAGCAAAUCAUUUUUUCUUUAAAAAGGAUUACAAUAAAGUGCAACAUCUUGCUUUACACGCAUUCCAUAACACCGAAAAUGAAGCGAUGCGAGCUGAAAGUUGUUAUCAAUUAGCAAGGGCUUUUCACGUACAGGGCGAUUAUGAUCAAGCGUUUCAAUAUUAUUAUCAAGCAACUCAAUUUGCUCCAGCCCCCUUUGUUUUACCCCAUUUUGGUUUGGGGCAAAUGUAUAUUUAUCGGGGCGAUUCCGAAAACGCGGCGCAAUGCUUCGAAAAAGUUCUAAAAGCCCAACCUGGAAAUUACGAAACCAUGAAAAUAUUAGGAUCUUUGUACGCGAAUUCAACCUCGCAAUCGAAAAGGGAUAUCGCAAAGAAUCAUUUAAAAAAAGUUACCGAACAAUUUCCGGAUGAUAUCGAAGCGUGGAUUGAGUUGGCUCAAAUUUUGGAGCAAUCCGAUUUACAAGGGAGUUUAAACGCGUAUGGAACUGCGAUUAAGAUAUUAAAAAAAGAUGUCCAAGCUGAGAUACCGACUGAGAUUUUAAAUAACGUUGGAGCGUUACAUUAUCGCUUAAAUAAUUUGGAUGAGGCUAAAAAGAAUUUGGAGGAAGCUUUAAUUCGGGCUAAAUCUGAAGCUGAACAUGAUCCCCAAUAUUAUAAUUCAAUUUCCGUCACAACGACUUAUAAUUUAGCGCGAUUAAACGAAGCUUUAUGUUUAUUCGAUAAAUCUGAGAAAUUAUACAAAGAUAUACUCAAAGAACAUCCUAAUUAUGUUGAUUGUUAUUUGCGAUUAGGUUGCAUGGCGAGGGAUAAAGGUCAAAUUUACGAAGCUUCCGAUUGGUUUAAAGAGGCUCUUCGAAUUAACACGGAACAUCCGGAUGCUUGGUCACUUUUAGGUAACUUACAUUUAGCUAAAAGCGAAUGGGGACCGGGUCAAAAAAAAUAUGAACGAGUUUUAAAGAACCCCGCCACUUCUCAAGAUUCGUAUUCGUUAAUUGCGUUGGGAAAUGUUUGGCUCCAAACUUUACAUCUACCCACUAAAGACAAAGAUCGCGAAAAACGACAUCAAGAUCGCGCUUUAGCCAUGUACAAACAAGUUUUAAAGAUUGAUCCGAAAAAUAUUUGGGCCGCUAACGGAGUUGGGUCGGUUUUGGCGCAUAAAGGAUGUGUUAAUGAAGCUCGUGAUAUUUUCGCGCAAGUUCGUGAAGCGACCGCCGAUUUUUGCGACGUUUGGUUGAAUAUUGCGCAUAUUUACGUCGAACAGAAACAGUUUGUUAGCGCGAUUCAAAUGUACGAGAAUUGUUUGAGGAAGUUUUAUAAAUAUAAUCACGUCGAGGGACUCCAAUAUUUAGCGAGAGCUUAUUUCCGAGCGGGGAAAUUAAAAGAGGCCAAAAUGGUUUUCUUAAAAGCACGAAGGGUUGCACCUCAAGAUACUGUCCUUUUAUAUAACAUUGCGUUGGUUUUACAAAGAUUAGCCACUCAAAUACUUAAAGAUGAGAAAUCGACUCUUCAAACUGUGCUACAAGCUGUUCAUGAAUUGGGAUUAUCAUUAAAGUAAGUAAAAAAGGAGUUUAUAAAAUUAAUUUCGUGAA